GUUUAGUGUCUUUGCCUUCAAAUUUUCAUGGAGAGAAACUUGUUGCGAUCAGCUUGAAGAAUAGCAACAUAAAAGAACUUUUGAUAGGGGAGAAGUGUCUUGCAGAAUUGAAGUUCAUUGAUCUAAGUAACUCACAACAGCUCAGCAAAAUACCAAAAUUGUCAAGGAUGCCAAAAUUGGAGAUACUUAAUCUUGGAGGUUGUGUAAACUUUUGCAAACUUCAUUCAUCUAUUGGCAAAUUUUUUGAGAUGAAAUUUUUGAGGGUGCUUAAUUUUAGAGAGAGUGGAAUUAGAGAACUCCCAAGCAGCAUUGGGUCCUUGACAUCUCUUGAAAGUCUAUGGCUCUCAAAGUGUUCAAAGUUUGAGAAAUUCCCUGAUAAUUUCUUUGUGACUAUGAGACGUUUAAGGAUACUUGGGUUAUCUGAUAGUGGUAUUAAAGAACUCCCAACCAGUAUUGAGUGCUUAGAGGCUCUUGAAGUGCUGUUGCUUGAUAAUUGCUCAAAUUUUGAGAAGUUCCCUGAGAUCCAAAAGAAUAUGGAAAAUCUAGAUAGGCUUAAUCUAGAAGAUAGUGGUAUUAAAGAAUUAUCUUGCUUGAUAGGUCAUCUUCCCCGACUUGUAUCCUUAGAAUUGAGCAAAUGCAAAAACUUGAGGAGUGUUCCAAGCGGCAUUUUACAGUUGGAAUCCCUACGUAUGUGCUAUCUCUUUGAUUGUUCAAAUCUGAUCAUGGAGGAUAUGGAACAUUCAAAAGGCCUUUCUUUACGUGAAUCAGCUAUAACAGAGCUGCCAUCAUCAAUUAGGUUGAUGUUGAGCAAUUGUGAGAACCUUGAGACUCUUCCAAACAGCAUUGGUAUGACGCGUGUUAGUGAACUUGUUGUUCAUAACUGUCCAAAGCUCCACAAAUUGCCCGACAAUCUGAGAAGCAUGCAGUUAACAGAACUAAAUGUAAGUGGUUGCAAUCUGAUGGCAGGAGCAAUCCCCGAUGAUUUAUGGUGCUUGUUCUCAUUGAAAGAUUUAAAUGUGAGUGGAAACAACAUUGAUUGCAUACCGGGUGGCAUCAUUCGUCUUUCUCGCUUGCGUUACCUUACCAUGAAUAACUGCUUGAUGCUUAAAGAAAUUCCAGAGCUUCCAUCAAGUCUAAGACAGAUAGAAGCAUAUGGUUGUCCACUCCUGGAAACUUUAUCAAGUGAUGCAAAGCAUCCACUCUGGUCCUCUCUUCACAACUGCUUAAAAUCACGAAUUCAGGAUUUUGAAUGCCCAACAGACUCGGAGGACUGGAUACGGAAGUACCUCGAUGUACAAGUUGUUAUUCCAGGAAGUAGAGGAAUACCAGAGUGGAUAAGUCAUAAGAGUAUGGGACAUGAAAUAACAAUAGAUCUCCCAAAGAAUUGGUAUGAAGAUAACAACUUCUUGGGAUUUGCUUUAUUCUGGCAUCAUGUUCCAUUUGAUGAUGACGAUGACGAUGACGAUGACGAUGAUUUAUUCUGGCAUCAUGUUCCAGUUGACGAUGACGACGACGAUGACGACGACGAUGACGACGACGAUGACGAUUACGAUGACUUUGAGGAUGGUACCCUUCGAUUGCUGAUAUCCAAUGGUGAUCAAUUUGGACGCGUGGAGUCGAAAUAUGUUUCUAUCCACAUAGAGAAUAGCACAUUAUUUGCAGAUCUAGCAUUGAUGGUGGUCUAUUUCCCUCAGAUUGCCAUUUCAAGUGAGUAUCGAUCCAAUAGGUGGAACAAGUUUAAGGCUGGCUUUUCGUCCUUUUUUCAUGAGCCUAACGGCAAAGCAAGUUGCAAAGUGGAAAGUUGUGGGAUCCAUCUCAUAUAUGACCAUGGCCAAGAUCACCCUCAACAGAGCCUUCAACUAUUCAAUGUCAAAAGAAGCCAUGAUGAUACAGAGGAUCACCCACAUCACAAAAGAUCAAAACAUGUCUAGUUUCUAGCUCCCUCCGCAAAGUUUCGGUCUCUCUUCUCAUCGUUGACGAAUCACAAACAUCACCGGCGCAAUGGGCAAUGAAAUAUUCCUGUUGCCGAAAACGCUGAUCGGUCGGAGAUUAAAGCCCUAGAUCAACCAGAAUCUCGCUGAAGAACCCUACAGAAAAAAGAGCAUCCUUGAGACUUCGAAAACAAGUUCGAGAAGACAUUUUGUUUAGAUGUUCUUCCUUAGCUUGAUUGAGCACACGCUGCAAUUGCGGCCUCAUCUUCUGGACCUUCCCCUCAAUGAAGCCGUCAAAAGAGAGUUUGAAAGUCUCUUCUUAGACAAGCCAAAAUUGAUGAUUUUGAGCGGAUUCGCCCACAAGAACUGAAUGAACAAAAUAUAGAAGCCUUAGUUGCUGAGAAUAAUCUGGAGCAAUCCCCGAUGAUUUAUGGUGCUUGUUCUCAUUGGAAGUGUUAAAUGUGAGUGGAAACAAUAUUGAUUGCAUACCUGGUGGCAUCAUUCGUCUUUCUCGGUUGCGUUACCUUUUCAUGAGUCACUGCUUGAUGCUUAAAGAAAUUCCAGAGCUUCCAUCAAGUCUAAGACAGAUAGAAGCAUAUGGUUGUCCACUCCUGGAAACUUUAUCAAGUGAUGCAAAGCAUCCACUCUGGUCCUCUCUUCACAACUGCUUAAAAUCACACAUUCAGGAUUUUGAAUGCCCAACAUACUGGACGAAGUACUACCAUGUACAAGUUGUUAUUCCAGGAAGUAGAGGAAUACCAGAGUGGAUAAGUCAUAAGAGUAUGGGAGAUGAAAUAAAAAUAGAUCUCCCAAAGAAUUGGUAUGAAGAUAACAACUUCUUGGGAUUUGCUUUAUUCUGGCAUCAUGUUCCAGUUGAUGAUGACGAUGACGAUGACGAUGAAGAUGACGAUGACGAUGACGAUGACAAUGACGAUGAUGAUGACGAUGACGAUGACGAUGACGAUGAUGAUGACGAUGACGAUGACGAUGGGGGUGGUACCCAUCGAUUGUUCAUAUCCAAUGGUGAUCAAUUUGGACACGUGAUGACGAUGGACCCUAUUCUGAAUUGUAGUCGAGACAUGAAGAAUAGAACAUUUGCAGAUCCAGCAUUGAUGGUGGUCUAUGUCCCUCAGAUUGCCAUUUCAAGUGAGUAUCGAUCCAAUGGGUGGAACAAGUUUGAGGCUGGCUUUUCGUCCGUUUUUAAUGAGCCUAACGGCAAAGCAAGUUGCAAAGUGGAAAGUUGUGGGAUCCAUCUCAUAAUCAUAUAUGACCAUGGCCAAGAUCACCCUCAACAGAGCCUUCAACUAUUCAAUGUCAAAAGAAGCCAUGAUGAUACAGAGGAUCACCCACAUCACAAAAGAUCAAAACAUGUCUAGUUUCCAGCUCCCUCUGCCAAGGUACAUCUUCCAUCUCAUCUAUGCGCAAGAUCAUCCUCAACAGAGCCUUCAACUAUUCAAUGUCAAAAGAAGCCAUGAUGAUACAGAGGAUCACCCACAUGUCUAGUUUCCAGCUCCCUCCGCCAAGGCUCUCAGCUAGGCGCUCCUCUCUCUCCCAUCAACUUUGGUUUCGGUCUCUCCUCUCAUCGUUGACGAAUCACAAACCUCACCGGCGCAAUGGGCAAUGAAAUAUUCCUGUUGCCGAAAACGCUGAUUGGUCGGAGAUUAAAGCCCUAGAUCAACCAGAAUCUCACUGAAGAAACCUACAGAAAAAAGAGCAUCCUUGAGACUGCGAAAACAAGUUCGAGAAGACAUUUUGGUUUAGAUGUUCUUCCUUAGCUUGAUCGAGCACACGCUGCAAUUGCGGCCUCAUCUUCUGGACCUUCCCCUCAAUGAAGCCAUCAAAGGAGAGUUUGAAAGUCUCUUCUUAGACAAGCCAAAAUUGACGAUUUUGAGCGGAUUCGCCCACAAGAACUGAAUGAACAAAAUAGAGAAGCCUUAGUUGCUGAGAAUAAUCUGACAAAUGGAGUUGCUACUGUAGAAGCAUGGUGGCUCAGACUGGUCUCAGAAACAACCCAUCUCAGGAUCAAUUACCAAAGAGGAGGAAGAAGCAGUGGAGACCCUGUACACAUUGGUAGGAAUGUUCCCCAACAGUGAUAAGACGGACAAUAAGGGUAAAUUGGUUGGCGAAUCAUCAGAAUCAAAGCAUUCAACUUUGCCAGAGGCGAGGGAGAGCCCUGCACCCGCAUUAGUUUCAUACUACCAAAGGCAUACUGUCAAAGAUAGUACAAAAAUGAUCUGGUAUUAUGGCCAGGCUUGUCAUCAACAGGGUUGCUUGGGACAGCAAUUCAUGGCCCUUCCUUGCAGUAAUUUGCUUCCCUUCUCUUUGCUUCUCUCUCUCUCUCUCUCUCAUCCUUCAUUCAUAUUCGUGUUUCAGUUCUUCUUCUAAAACUCAAGCUUGGCUAGAUAAUGCUACUGGCACUACAUGACCUAGUUCAUUUGGAAAUGGUGUCUCAACCGAAAAGGUUUCUAGAGUUACAGUGCAUAAAAAGCAAUCAUGGAAAAGAUGUGCAGCUCAUAUGUUCACAUAAGUCGUCUUAUUUGGGAUUUAAAAAAUUCAGAGAGAAAGGAAAGGAUUUCAAUGCAGCGUAAUCAAUUGAGAACAGAUGAAGAAUCAAAGGAAGUAGUUUCUCUGGCAGGCAACAAUCCCAGUGGCCUGAGAAAUGGAUUGAAUGGAGUUGUUUCUGCUAACAGCAUUGGUGGUUCAGCCAUGGAGAAGAAUUCAAUUGAAGCUAGAAAAGGUAUUUUUCUACAGUAGGGGCUCCAUCAAGAUCAGCAGCGGCCUCCUGCAUUUGGGACCUACACUUCUCUUUGUCUAAGUACAGUAGCAACUCCAUUUGACUAAUGCUGGUUCUUUUGGAAAUAAUCUUACUCCAGUUGAUCCCUGUUGUUAUGAAAGGAACAAUAGUCAUGUGGAUACUCGAUUGUAUUUGAUUUUGUUUGGUUGUGUUUCAAGAUAGAAUUGAUUGUAUAAGGAUAGGUGAAUGAGGCAUGUUCUGACUUAAAUGUUUAGUUCAUGUUUUUGACAAGUGGAUACUUGACCAAUACAAAAGGUGUAUGUAUAUUGUUUAGAAAGUUGAUGUUGAGUAAAAUUUGUUUCUAUUAACCAUUUCA